AACCGAGUUUUAUUGGAAGGAGUUAUCGACCAAAGAAGUUGGCUGCUGCUGCCAAUACAAAUGGAUGAAGGCAGAGAGAUUCAGGAGCUUUCUGGAAUAAUUGAUCAGGCUUUUUAACAAAACAACAAAAGUUGAUAUUUUUCUCUUCCAACGAGAUCAAGCCUCUCUCCACCACAGAAAAUAAAUGCAAUAAAUAAGAGACUAAAAGAAAAGACAAGUAAAACCAAAUUCCACAUCAAACACUUGCUCUUUCUUAUAAAAGAGGUGAUCUUUUCUUUUUCAUCUUUUGUCUGUCUAAAUUGCUACUUUCAACAACUGGGUCGUCAUUGCAUUUGAUUGCAUCUCGAAAGGAAUUAUAGCCAUAAUGCUGCUGCGGAGCUCUUCAACACCAGUUCUUGGAUCUCUGCUUUCAUCUUUCUCAGACAGCCCCAACAACAACAACAACAAUCACCACCAUCAGAGCCUUAACAAAUCCCCAUUUCAUCACCAUCAUAUUGGAUGUGUAAAUCAAAUUACAAUUAAUUCUUGCAGCUCCUCUCCUAUCUCUCCCUCCAUUGCUGAAUUCUCUGACUAUAAUUCUCGUAGAGGUCUUCGCCGAGCUCACUCUGAAGGGAACUUAGAAGAACUUGCUUUUUCUUCCUGCAAUAGUAAUAGCAAUGCAGAUUGCCCAAUUUCAAGCCAACCCAAGAAGAUUUCAGGAAGACAGAAGUGCUUGAUGUUGGAAACUAUACCGUCCUUUUCACUUUGCAAUUUGAGAAGCCGAUUUGAAGAAGAAGAAGAAGGAUAUGAUGAUGGUGGUAGUGAUAUGGUUGAUGAGGAAGAGAGUAUGCAAGUGGCAGAAAAUAGUGGCUUAAGUACUAAGAUGGGGAACAUGGUUUUGAGUAGUGAGCAAUUGGGACUAGUUAUGGAGAGAAGUUGGAAUAUGGGGUUUGAAGAGGAAAGAGGGUUGAUUAGUGAAGAGAUGCAUCUUGCUAGGGGACUAGGAAUUGAUGGCGGUACCAGUGAUAGGAAUGGUACAGGUAAUUUUGGUGGUGGUGGUGGUGGUGGUGGUGGCCGCGAUGAGUUUCAUUGGACAGAUGGAGAUGGUGGAGACAUGCAAGGAACAGAGGAGUACUAUAAGAAGAUGUUGCAGGAAAACCCUGGCAACCCUUUGUUUCUCAGGAAUUAUGCUCAAUUUCUGUAUCAGACAAAGAGAGAUCUUCAAAGAGCAGAGGAGUAUUACUCGAGAGCUAUCUUAGCAGAUCCUAAAGAUGGAGACAUUCUGUCGCAAUAUGCAAAGUUAGUAUGGGAGCUACAUCAUGAUCUAGAUAAAGCUUCAAGCUACUUCAAAAGGGCAGUUCAAGCUUCUCCUGAAGAUAGCCAUGUACAUGCAGCAUAUGCUAGCUUCUUGUGGGAAACAGAGGAAGAUGAAGAUGAGAGUGUUGUGCCAAGAGAUUUUGACGCCAUGCCCCCCCAUUUCUAUGAAGGUCUAAUGGCUUCCACAAGUGCUUGAUUGAAGCUCUUGAGCGAAGAUCAAGAGUUUGACAAGUGAAACACAGCUUAUCUAGGCUUCUUACCUCCCAUGGAAAAAUGGAGAAAAAAUGAGCUGUUCUGUUGUGUAGGAAAAAUGUAGAUCUUCGUUUUCCAAUAUGAAAUUGCCCCACAAGCAAUAGCUCAAACGGAAUAAGAUUCAGUUUAAUGAUUAUGAAA